AUGGCAACCAGUGCGCCCCGGCUUCUCCUUGCCUGUGCCCUGAUUGCUGGUAUUGCCGUGGCUCAGAGAGUGGUGACGGUGCAGAGUGGGCCAUUGGUUCGAACAGAGGGCUCCCAUGUGACCAUCUGGUGCAACGUGUCGGGGUACAAAGAGGGCGUGGAGCAGGACUUUGAGUGGUCUGUGUACCUGCCGUCCAUGCCAGAGAGGGAGAUUCGUAUUGUGAGCACAGCGCAGCCAAAUUACGCCUACGCCAUUUACUCACAAAGGGUCAACAACAAGGAGAUCUAUGUGGAACGCCUGACCCGGGACUCGGCCAUGCUCCACAUCACCAAAGUACAGGCCAAGGACCAAGGGCUGUUUGAGUGCUACACCCCCAACACGGAUGGACGCUACCUGGGCUCCUACAGCGCUCGCACCAACCUCACCAUUAUUGCUGACUCGCUGGCGGUCACGGCACCUGCUCAGACUCUGUCCAAAGUGGAGGGGGACACGCUGCAGCUCACCUGUGAAGUGUCCCGGACCACCCUCCAGCACACACACUUGUCCGUGGGCUGGUACCUGCGCUCCCCAGAGGACGCCUCUGCCCCGCCGCAGGAGCUGGUCACCCUGUCGCGAGACUUUGUGCUGCGCUCUGGUGGGCCGUAUAGGCAGAGGAUGGCCGCGGGGGACCUGAGGCUGGAUAAGACUAGUGCUACAGCGUACAGACUCACCAUUCACAUGCUGCAGCCGGUGGACCAGGGCCUGCUGUACUGCCAGGCUACAGAGUGGAUCCAGGACCCUGAUGACAGCUGGUUCGCCAUGACGCGCAAGCAGAGCGACAAGACCCAGCUCCGCAUUCAGCCUACUGGUAAGGACUAA